AUGAAUGCAGCGUGUACCGCCGCCGCCGCCGCUGCACCAUCCACAGCGGUGGCCGGGACGAGCUCCUCCAUAACCACAUCGCCGCUCGCAAACUCCGCGGCUUCAACAUCAGCCCACUAUCGGCUGGGAAGAACGAGCCGACGAAGUAGCAGUAGCGCAUCGAGCUCCAGCAGCGGCGGCGGUCGCGGUGGCUUUGGAAGCAAUGGUGGUGGUGGUGGUAGCGACAUUGCUGUGCCCACUCCAGGAGCGAACGCGAGCAAGAAGCGCAGACGUCACAGCACGCUUUCGAGUGGCAUUGCUUCGGGAUCGGAAGAGGAGGGUGAACGCGCACCGCCCAUGUUCCGAUUGCGGCUGGGCAGCUACGUGUCGGACUUGAGGCUGGCGAGGACGAGGAGUCAUUCGCCCAGCUCGCCGUUGCAUCAAGCGUCGUCGGCACCCUUGUCGCCCUCGACAGCGCUGCGGCAGCGGCAUCAGUUGAGCAUCCAGACUACAGCGGUGGCGGAUUCGCCGCCGUCGGCAGUACAGCGGGAUGGACAGCGUAACGCUGAGGUGGUGGCGCCCGCAUCUGUGUCUCCAAGCGAUACGGCGUCGACGUCGAUGUUGACCCACAGAGACUCGGACGUCGAUAUGGAUCUUGACGUGCAAUCAACGUUUCAGGCGAUGCAGGUCGAUUCACCGACGGCCUCGCCUUCCCCUACCACUGUCGCCGUUGCCAGCGCCAUGCCGUUUUUCGCAAGCACUUCCAUCCUUGCAGCAGCACCACCACCACCACCACGAACAUCAGCUGCAAGUUUGGCAACGCAGCGCACAGCAAGCGCCAGGCUCAGCCCAAUCACGGCCGCCCUCCUCUCGCCCCUCGUCACGGAUACUCGAUAUCCGCUCGCAAUGUCUCCCCUUACCACAUCCGCUUCGGCGUCCUUGCCGUGCAUGUCGCUUGUUGCACACGCGUCUAGCACCGCGGCUGCAGCUGUCUCGCCCGGAGUGUUUCCUUCACAAUCGCUGCUCGCGGCCCGCAGGACCUCGAGACAGUUGUCGCUGGGUGUCAUUCCGCAACAGCAGCAGCACGCGCCAGCCUCGCCCUCACCGCUUGCAAGGAUUCUCUCAUUUCUUCCUCCUACCAUAGCAUCGCACAAUACCCAGCAUCAGCAUCAGCAUCUCGAAAACACCGCAUCGUCCCAGCAUCUUGUCGGCCCGUCAAUCUCGUUUCAGUAUCCAUUCCAGCCCGAGCCCCUACCGCAACAGCAUCCUCAACCAUUGCAAAAUACAACCAGAUCCAGUAGCGCCAACUCUACUCCGCCGUCUCCCACUGUUACAGCGGAAGCGAGCGAGGAACAGCAGCAGCAGCCUACACCAGUGGCAGUCGGUGAGCCAGUUUCGCCGCUUCGACGGCAUUCGGAUGGCAGGCCAUCGCGCGUGCCACACUGA